UUCACUCCCUCGGUCGCACAGUCGACGAUCGACUGAGUCGUCUCACCAUCUCUUCUCAGCUCUGUCAGUCUCAAGACUCUCAAGUCUCGCGCUUCUCUCCCUUCCGCGACCGCAAACCUCGCAUCAAACUGCUGGGUCUACGCUGAAUAUGCAUGGUGUAUUUGUAGCUCCAAUAUUGGUAAUUUUCAACACUGACCCAUAUCAUCCUCGUCAGAUCAGAAGAAUAAAGGACAUUGUAGCAGCUCAGAUAUGCAAGGAUGAAGACACUCUUGAGCAAAAAAGGCAUUUUAUUUCAAUAUGAUCCGAAAUUCUCUCACAUAUUUGGAUCGUGUAAGAGGUUCUCAACCUCAUGUAAUGGACCUUCUGCUGUGGAUGGGAGAGCUGCUCCUUUUGUUGACUGUGUAAGGCAAGGGGUGGAUAACGUGUGUCGGAUCUUGGAAACUGGUCCUUGGGGACCUUCCCUGGAGAGUGCUGUAUCUGUAUGUGAUGAGAAACCUCACACAGAAUUAGUCAUUGGGGUCUUAAGGAGGCUGAAGGACGUCAAUCUAGCAGUAAACUACUUUCGAUGGGCUGAAAAACAAACAGACCAAGCACAUUGUCCAGAAGCAUACAAUUCACUGCUUAUGGUAUUAGCCAGGAGUAAAAAUUAUGAUUGCCUGGAACAAAUUCUGGAAGAAAUGAGUCUAGCUGGAUUUGGCCCAUCUAAUAACGCUUGUAUUGAGCUGGUCGUAAGCUGUGUCAAGGCUCAGAAACUAAGAGACGCGAUUAAUCUUAUCCAAACCAUGAGGAAAUUUAAAUUCCGACCAGCAUUUUCGGCUUAUACAACUCUAAUUGGUGCUCUGUCUGCAGUUCAUGAACCUGACCUCAUGCUUACCCUCUUUCACCAGAUGCAGGAGCUAGGUUAUGAAGUAAGUGUGCAUUUAUUUACAACUCUCAUUCGUGUGUUUGCCAGGGAUGGUCGGGUUGAUGCUGCUCUUUCCUUGUUGGAUGAGAUGAAGAGCAACUCGUUUGAUGCUGAUAUUGUACUCUACAACGUUUGUAUUGAUUGCUUUGGCAAGAUGGGCAAGGUCGAUAUGGCUUGGAAAUUCUUUCAUGAGAUGAAAGCACUUGGGCUCAUGCCUGAUGAUGUGACAUAUACUAGCAUGAUAGGGGUUCUUUGCAAAGCUAACAAACUAGAUGAAGCUGUUGAUCUAUUUGAGCAGAUGGAGCUGAAUAGGGAAAUCCCAUGUGCAUAUGCUUAUAACACCAUGAUCAUGGGUUAUGGAUCAGCUGGAAAGUUUGACGAAGCCUAUAACUUACUUGAGAGGCAAAAACAUAAGGGAUCCAUUCCUAGUGUGAUUGCAUAUAAUUGUAUUCUUACUUGCCUUGGGAGGAAGGGGAAGGUAGACGAGGCUUUGAGAAUCUUUGAGGAGAUGAAGAAAGAUGCAGCGCCAAAUCUUUCAACAUAUAAUAUUCUUGUGGAUAUGCUUUGUAAGGCAGGGAAACUUGAGACUGCUCUUGAGAUUCGGGAUACAAUGAAAGCAGCUGGCUUGUUUCCUAAUGUAUUAACGGUGAACAUAAUGAUUGAUCGACUGUGUAAGGCUCAAAAGCUUGAUGAAGCUUGUUCUAUAUUUGAAGGAAUGGAUCAUAAGGUGUGCACGCCAGAUUCAGUUACUUUUUGUUCUUUGAUAGAUGGCUUGGGCAAAUGCGGCAGAGUAGACAAUGCUUACAGGCUAUAUGAAAAGAUGUUGGAUUCUGAUCGGAUUCCAGAUGCCAUUGUUUAUACAUCUCUAAUAAAAAACUUUUUCAAAUCUGGGAGAAAGGAGGAUGGUCACAAAAUUUACAAAGAAAUGGUCCGUAGAAGUGUUUCUCCAGACCUAACGCUCCUCAAUACGUAUAUGGAUUGUGUUUUCAAAGCUGGCGAAACAGAGAAAGGCAGAGCUUUGUUUGAGGAAAUUAAGGAUCAGGGGUUCAUUCCAGAUGUGCGGAGCUAUUCUAUACUAAUUCAUGGCCUAAUAAAAGCUGGUUUCGCGCGUGAAACCUAUGAGUUGUUCUAUGCAAUGAAGGAACAGGGAUGUGUCCUGGAUACCCUUGCUUACAACACUGUUAUUGAUGGAUUCUGCAAAUCAGGUAAGGUGAAUAAAGCUUACCAGCUCCUGGAGGAAAUGAAGGGGAAGGGUCACCAACCCACUGUAAUUACCUAUGGCUCUGUCAUUGAUGGGCUUGCUAAGAUUGACAGGCUUGAUGAAGCUUACAUGCUCUUUGAAGAAGCGAAAUCUAAUGGAGUGGAGUUAAAUGUUGUUGUGUAUAGUAGUCUUGUUGAUGGGUUUGGGAAGGUUGGCAGAAUCGAUGAAGCAUAUUUGAUUUUGGAAGAGUUGAUGCAAAAAGGUUUAACACCUAAUGUGUAUACAUGGAAUUGCUUGCUUGAUGCAUUAGUAAAGGCAGAGGAAAUUAAUGAAGCGCUUGUUUGCUUUAAUUCAAUGAAGGAGUUGAACUGCAUUCCCAAUGCAAUAACUUACAGCAUUCUCAUAAAUGGUCUAUGUAGGGUUCGAAAAUUCAACAAGGCCUUUGUUUUUUGGCAGGAGAUGCAGAAGCAAGGGUUAAAACCCAACAUUAUAACCUACACUACCAUGAUAUCAGGGCUUGCAAAAGCUGGAAAUAUAUUAGAGGCUAAUGGCCUAUUUGAAAGGUUCAAGGCAAAUGGAGGUAGACCUGAUUCUGCUUGUUAUAAUACUAUAAUAGAGGGCUUGAGCAUUGCCAAUAGGGCAAUGGAUGCAUACUCACUAUUCGAAGAAACUAGAUUGAAAGGUUGUAAUAUAUAUACCAAAACUUGUGUUGUUCUCUUGGAUGCACUACAUAAGGCUGAGUGUCUCGAGCAGGCAGCAAUUGUGGGUGCUGUGUUGAGGGAAAUAGCAAAGUCUCAGCAUGCGUCGAGAUCCUUGUAACAUCUGAGUUGUAUUUCUUGUUAGCUACUGAGGGAUUGAUAUGUUGUGUAUUGGUCUAUUAGAUGAGGUCCUUCUCAUUUUUCCCAAACACUCGCCCCAGUUUCCUUUUGAAGAUUAUUCUUGAUGUUGUUGGUUGCUUCUGAAUCAAAAGUGAUUCUUUGCUCUGAUCAAUAAUGCCCCUGGGUGAGUGAUGUGUUAGUUUUGAAACUCCACUUUUACCUGGUUAGCAUGGUCACUGACAUGGGAUCUUCACUGGUGUUCAGUGAGUAUACUUCAUUUCCAGACAUUCUUGACAUUGCAUGGUUGCUUCCUUUCCUUACUUGAAUUCUUGGGUUCGACCAUACCUGUUCUCCGAGGAUACCAACUGUUCUUAGUUAAAAUGGCUUCAGUUACUUCUAUGCAUGGAUUUUCAUGAGCCCUUGAAAAGGUCUCCAUGCAUUGCAUUGAUUCGCUCCUUGAUACAAGCUGGGAAAAACACAUUGUAUUUUUGGCAGAUAGGAAGGAUAAGUAGUAUUCAGCAUGACAUCACAUGAAUGUAUAUGGAGAUAGUAGCUCAAUUGUUGGCAUCAAUGUGGACAUUUGGUACUAUGGUCUCGUCCACAGCUUACGCAUCAAGUUAGGGGUUAAGUUCUGUAAAACUCCAAACAACUACCGAUCAAGACCUGCAAAUUUGCUGACCUGCAUCUUCAGCCGCGGUCAUGGUCAUUGGAUUGUUUAACAGUAACAUUAGCGCCACGUCUUGGUGUGCUGGUCACUUAUGUCCCAGGAUGUUACAAACAUUAUCAUGGGUUUUAUUUGCUUAAUGCAUGUUGCUCUAAUGAAACUCUCCCCCAUGAUCCUGUGUUACUGCUACAAAGCUUUCCUCCUGUUAGUGUUCUGAACUGGAAUUCAUUCGAGGCUUGUCCUCCUGGUAAGUAGGUUACUGUUUGCUUGAAUAAAAUUUGGCAAAAGUGAUUAGAACU